UGGUUUUAGUCAUAACAUAAGUAUUAUAUUAGAAAUUGUUAUAUAUGUCUUAUUAUAUAAAGUUCGUGCUAUCUAUUAUCCAAAGAAAACAAAUUCAAUCAGCUCUUAGAUUUGUUAUAUAAACUAGUAAUAAUUGUGUGUUAGAACAAGUCCAAUGAAAAGAUUUAAAAAGAGUAUAUACUAUUAAAAAAUUAAAAAUAACAAAAAAAAUAGGUGAGAAAAUAAGGAAGAGUUAUCUGCACCUAUCUUUUUAGAUAUGGGUUUUAUAAUUAUCAUUUAUUUGUUGGUUUCAACGUUUAAAAAUAAUUGAAAUUGAAAUUUUCUGUUAAAAUAUUAGUUUCUUAGAAACUUUGACAAUUUUUAGAAACCUUACCAUCUCAUCUUCUUGAUCUCGAAUCUGAAUUUUCAAACUCAUCUCUGCAUAUUAACACCAACACACACUCAAUAGAGCUAUAAUACUCCACUACAUAUGGGUCAGAGAUUCCAUCAAGCACCUCUGUGGUUAGUUGAGGAACCUUAACUCUUACUUGGUUUCUGAUCACAGCAUUUUGAGGCAGUAGUAGCAAGUGGUAAACUUUCCUGCUCCAAUACAUGUUUACUUUGGAGACUGAUGUGUCUAAACGAUGCAUCAGUCAAUAGAAUGAAGACAGAGAUGGAACAAACCUGUAACAGUGAGCUGACGAGCAGCAGAAACCACCUGAGAUACAUCAUACAUAUAAAGCUAUUUCCAUAGAUUCAGACCAAAGCUCAAAACGUUUAGCAAAAUAACAAAUAUACCCCUUAUUUAUUUUUAUUUUGUCGACGCCCCUUAUUUAUUUAUAUUUUACGUUUUAACCCAUAAGGUUUAGUUUAUAUUAUUGAAAUUCUCAAAUAAGCCCCUAUAUUUGUUGUCUGUUUUAUUUCUCAACCCGAAGAAUGUAGUGGCUGCGACGAGAACUUCACCUUAGAAGCUUGAACCCUAAACCCCUCUCGCGAUCCAGAUCCAGCUUCAGAAUCCGACCUCGUUCGGUGCCUUGGCAAGAGACAUGAGAUGGCUGAGAUAUCUAAACCAAUGGCGUGGAACAGCGAAGGAAGCGUUGGAGCAAGUAUCAAUCGUCGCCAAGUUUCUCUGUUUGAUCCACGUCACCGAUCGUUACAUAAUCUCAUCCACUCACGUCCUAGCAUGCUUCCGACGCUUAACCUCACCGGCGAUGUCAUCUUAGCUGAACAUUUAUCGCACCGGUUCGGUAAGAUCGGUCUCGGCGACAUUGUGUUGGUUCGGUCUCCGACAGAUCCAACGAGGAUGGUGACAAAGCGGAUAUUGGGUUUAGAAGGGCAUAGACUCUCUUUCUCUGCUGACCCUUUGGUCGGUGAUGGCUCAGUCAGCGUUGUGGUUCCAAAAGGACAUGUUUGGAUUCAGGGGGAUAACUUGUAUGCUUCAACUGAUUCACGUAAUUUUGGACCUGUACCUUACAGUCUCAUCGAAGGAAAAGCUCUUCUGCGGGUCUGGCCACCACGAUUCUUCGGGUCAUUGAGGUGACGAUCAUACACUUUCCGAAUGAACUCAUUUGAGUUGUGUAAUGUAUCAUCCAGAUUUCGAUAAAAUCACAAAAGUGGGAUAAGCAUUUUUGCUCGGUUUCUUUAUUGGCAAUAUUAGAGAAAGCCAUGGACCUUGACGUUGUUUUAUAGCUGAAGCUACCUUUAAUGUUAAGAGAGAUUUGGGUUUGUUAAUUGGGUAUUGAGCAAAGUUUUAGAUA